AUGGACGAAAUAUCUUGGCUACUCUGUUUUACACUGCAAUCGCUAUGGAUCUGUAAAUUAGCACUUGCGCAAUGUCCUCCUUUACAAACUCCUUGUCGUUGUUCACCAUCUGUUUCUGAGCCUGUUGCCAUAUUUUGUGAAUCCGCUGGAAGUCUUUCCAAUGUUUUACAAGCUAUAUUUCAAGCACAAAAUUUCCCGAUAGACUCACUACAUAUUAUCGAUACGCCAAUAUCAGCAAUCCCUCAAAAUGCAUUCCAAGGUUUUACAAUAUUGCGAUUGGUGCUUAACCGGUGUGGACUAUCACAGAUUAAUGAUGGAGCUUUCAACGGACCACUUUUGGAUAGUUUAGUCGAAGUGGACUUUACUGAUAAUCAGCUGCGAAUGGUACCACAAACCGGAUUACCUAGAUUACGAAACCUUCGAAAGAUUUAUCUGAAUCGUAAUCGAAUAGAUCAGUUGCAGCCGAAUAGUUUUAUGAUCUAUGAAAGUCGUGAUCUUAUCGUUAAGCUUGAAUUAUCGGGUAAUCGUUUAACGAAUCAAGGUUUAGGUGACUCGCUUGUGUUUUUUCCGCUACGAUCAUUGCAACAACUGAGUUUAGAAACAAAUGCAUUAACAGCCAUACCAAGUGCUUCAUUAACAAAUCAACGAUUAACUCUAACAAAUCUUAAUCUCGGACUGAAUCAAAUAGAUCAAGUACCUGUUGGAGCCCUUGAUUUUCCAAAUCUUAAUUCAUUGUCACUGGAAUUUAACGAAAUCACUAAUAUUUCGCCUGAGGCACUUCAAGGAAUUCCUAAUUUACAAUAUCUUUAUUUGACUGGAAACAAAUUUCCAUCUUGGCCACUUCAAAUGUUCCAGUAUAUAAAUCAACUGCUUACUCUUUCUAUUGGAGAAACACCUAUCUCUGUUAUUCCAUCUAAUGCAUUUCAGCAUAUUCCAAAUUUAAUUCGCCUUGAGAUGUCUGAAGCAGCAGUUGAUACGAUUGAAAGUGGUGCUUUUCAACGGACACCUCACAUUCAAGCAAUUAUACUUAAUAAAAAUCGUUUAUCCGUGUAA